AAAAUAAAAAAUAUUUUAGAUGCUCACAAAGUUGUGCGACUUAAGGUGGGGUGAUGGCCGACAUCUGUGUGUGAUGCGCGUGGGCGCCUCUUCCGCAUAGGAAGUGAUGUCGCCAAGAUAUCAAAUUUGUGUAAGCGGUGAUCGGUGAUCAUCCGAGGCGGCUCAGGCGGAAGCGCAGGAUUUCCACAAUGAAGCAGGUGGUCGGGAUCGUCGUCUCCAACAAAAUGCAGAAGUCGGUCGUGGUGGCCGUCGAUCGGCUAUUUCACCACAAGCUCUAUAAUCGAUAUGUCAAGCGCACCAGCAAAUUCAUGGCUCACGACGAGAAAAAUGACUGCAGCAUCGGUGACCGAGUAAGGUUGGAUCCUUCUAGGCCACUGAGCAAAAGAAAGGACUGGAUUGUGGCCGAGAUAUUGCGGAAGGCAAGAGUCUAUGUUCGACCAUCUCCUGCUGCAGAUUCAAUUGCAUCCCAGAGUGUGUCUUCUACAUGAGCUUCCUGAGGCAGGAACAAUGAAUAGUAUGUUUUCAUGAAGUCCCUUGCCUUGUUCUUUAUAUUAAGAAUUUAGAUGAAUUAGAAGGACGUGUCUCAUACACGGAUACUAAUUAAUCUUGUUCCUUGGCCAAUGAGUAAUUCAGCUGAAUAAUGGAUGACUAAAAAUUCAUCAAUAGCUUAGCCCUAAAUAUUUACUUUGAUCUA